AAUUCUUCCUCUCGCUCACGCUCCCGUUGCCCGCCCACCAAAACACCAACCACCACCACCACCGCCACCCCGCCCACCCAACUGAAACGGCGCGAGCAGUCUUACCAUCCCAGUUACCCUCCUGCUUCGAUUAGACUCCCCAAAAAUGCCUUCCAUGCUCAGGAUUGCCGCCCCGGCUCUCUUCGCCGCCAGCUCGGCCUACGCUGCCUGCACGGUUUCCGCAACCACGACGAUCCAGAACGCCGGCGAUGCCACUGCCCUGGCCAGCUGCUCGACCUUCUCGGGCAACAUUGCCAUUGCCACGGGCACCACGGACGACAUUUCGUUUGCUGGUAUCAAGAAGAUCACGGGCAACCUGGUGGCCAACGCCAACAGCCAGAUGAAGCAAAUCAGCGCCAGCGACCUGGAGACGCUCGACGGAACCAUGGACCUCAACGGCCUCACCUCGCUCUACGCCCUGAACUUCCCCAAGCUCAAGACGAUCGACUCGAUCAAGUGGCAGGCGCUCCCCAACCUCCAGGAGAUUGGCUUCACGUCCGAGGUGACCAAGGCGUCGACCGUCGACAUCCAGAACACGGCUCUUCGCUCGCUCAAGGGUAUCAACAUUGAGCAGGCUGACGAGAUUUUCAUUGCCAACAACGGUUACAUUGAUGAGAUUGCCAUGCAGCUUGGCAACGUUUCGACUUCGCUGACGCUGGCCGACAACAACGAGGCCGUCAAGGUCCAGUUGCCCAACCUCAUCUGGGCUAGCAACCUGACUUUCCGCUUCUGCGGCUCCGUCUCGGUCCCCUCGCUCGCCACUUUGAACGGCUCUCUUGGUCUCUACAACAACGGCUUCGACACGUUUGCCGCCCCCAACCUGACGUCUGUCGGCGAGGCUGUUGCCAUUGUCGCCAACGACCAGCUCAAGAACGUUUCUUUCCCCCAGCUUACCAAGAUCUCGGGUAACCUCCAGGUUGCCAACAACUCGAAGCUGAUCGAGUUGGACGGUCUCCCUCAGCUCAAGAGCAUCGGCGGCGCUUUCGACAUGAGCGGUAACUUCACCGAGGUUGCUACUCCCCAGCUCAACAACGUCAAGGGUGCUUUCAACCUGCAAUCUUCUGGCCAGCUCAACAACACUUGCAACUUCUACAAGAACCUGCACGACAAGAAGCUCAUCCAGAGCAAGAACUUCAAGUGCGAGGGUACCCUCAUCGACCCCGGCCAGCAAGGACACCAGGGCACUCAGCAGAGCGGCAGCGGCAGCGGCGGUGACAAGAAGGGCGCUGCGCCCAAGGUCAGCGCCGUCAACGGUGCUCUCGGACUUGCCGCCAUGGCUGCUGUUGUGCUGUUCUAAAAAGGUUUAUGACGCUGGCGUUUCCCGUAACCGCAUAGACUACCCCCCACGAUCUGUGUCUUUUUUUGAUAGCGUAUAGCAUCAAGCGAACGCGGGUUUGACGCCCGAGUUGCGCUACGGAGGAGUGGGAGGGCUUGUAGAGAAGUUUGAUGGUUCAGCAUGUAACAAUUGUAUGUAUCACUUGGCUGGGAGGGUUGAGGUAGACUUUUAAUCCGCAGUAUAACUAAGUCUGCCGGCGCCGCGGAGGAGAAGCUUUGCAGGGCGGGGAGUUGAUUUGGGAUAGUUCAUGCAGUCAUUCUCUUCAUUCAUCUGUUUCAUUUGUCC